AUGUCCCUCACAAAAGCCGCCACCACCGCUCUGCGCACCCUCCCCCGGCAGCCCGCGAUCCGCUCUCCUGCCGCCGCCCUCGUGAACCAACAGCGCAAUGUCUCGGACGCCUCGACCUCCCACUCCGACUUCAAAUCCCCCUUCCACCGCGGCACGACCCCCAACCACCAGGACACGACCGUGAUACCGAGCUUCGGCAAGUACAAGAAUGGCACGGAGACGGGCAACAAGAUGUUCCAGUACUUCAUGGUGGGUGCUUUCGGAGGGUUGAGCGCGAUGGGGGCGAAGAACACCGUGCAAGACUUCCUCAAAAACAUGUCCGCCUCCGCCGACGUCCUGGCCAUGGCCAAAGUCGAAGUCGACCUCGCCUCCAUCCCCGAGGGCAAGAACGUCAUCAUCAAGUGGCGCGGCAAGCCCGUCUUCAUCCGCCACCGCACCUCCGACGAGAUCAAAGAGGCCGAGGACUUCGACUGGAAACAACUGCGCGAUCCGCAACCCGACGAGGACCGAGUGCAGAAGCCGGAGUGGCUGAUCAUGCUGGGCGUGUGCACGCAUUUGGGGUGUGUGCCGAUUGGAGAGGCGGGAGACUAUGGUGGAUGGUUCUGUCCUUGUCAUGGUAGCCAUUACGAUAUUUCUGGGCGAGUAAGAAAGGGCCCGGCGCCGCUGAACCUGGAAGUUCCGGCCUAUGAUUUCCCAGAGGAUGGCGCGCUGGUUAUUGGCUAG